CCUCCUCCUCUUCCUCUCCUGCCUCCUCCUCCCCCUCCUCCCUCGCCCCCUGGACCCCCACGCGCCCCCGCAUCGAAGGGACAGGAGCAAGAGCCUCAGUGUGGAUAGGAUCACGCCCCUCCUGCAGGUGGUGGAGCCCAAAGUAAGGGAUGAUGCGCCGCUUCCUAAAGGCACCGCGGCAGCCUUCGCCCGCAGGAGAUCCACCACGACAGCGCUAUCAGCAUCCAGUGACCUUAUCUCCCGGCGUGGCGUGUUCAGCAGACGUCACUACGGUUCUGUUGAGUUGUUACCGCAAGUGGAGGCCGUGGGAAGCGAGCUGAAUGGAAGGAGGUUUCGAAUUGAGAGUGGAGACGCCCUUGGGGACAGAGAGGAGCGGAUACGACACCAUUCACAGCACUCACAGCAGAGCCAGCAACAGCACCAGCCACCACCACCACCACCACAGCAACAACCACCACCACCACAACCGCAGCAGGCGUCACAGCAGCAUCAACAACAGCAGCAGCACCAGCCACAACAAAUGCAUCACCAACAUAUACAGCAACAACAACAGCAGCAACAACAACAGCAACAGCAAGAGUCUCACCCACACCCGCACCCUUCAGUGUUGGAUUACCGGCGUUCAUCUUCACGGCAGCAAAUGUACGGUUCUCCCAGCACGCCUAUCCUGGAGAACCCGGAGUAUCAGACGAGAUGGUACUUCAAAUAUUUCCUCGGCAAACUGCACCAGAAUUACGUGGGAUGCGACUGUGAAAAGACGCCUUUCUUUCUCUCCGUGGUUCUGACAGACGCCAACAACCAGUGUGUGCCCCAGUACCGCGCCAUCUUGUGGAGGAAAACGGGCGCGCAAAGGAUCAGUUUGAGUCACGUGCCGAACAAGCCAAUGACAGUGAAGCAAAUACUCAGCAACUUUCAGAAUAUGGACAAAUUAGAGAAAGGGCCGAAGGAGAUUUUCACUCAGGAGAUACAGAAGGACUUGCUGCUGCUGGAGGAACAAGAAGGCUCCGUGAACUUCAAAUUUGGCAUCUUAUACAUGAAGAGUGGACAAACUUCAGAUGAUGAGAUUUUGAGUAACGAGGCUGGCAGUCGGCACUUCGAUCAGUUCCUGGGGCUACUGGGGCAAAGGAUACGCCUCCGACACUGGGACAAGUACAGGGGAGGCCUCGACGUGAAGGGUGACAUGACAGGCAAACACUCCAUAUACACGAUCUACGAGGGGCACGAGAUAAUGUUCCACGUGUCCACUAUGCUGCCAUUCUCCAAGGACAACAAGCAACAGGUUGAGAGAAAACGGCACAUUGGCAACGACAUCGUCAACAUUGUGUUCUUGGAUGGAGGACCUGAAGAUAUGGCUGCCUUCUCCCCUUCCUUCAUUAAGUCCCAGUUUACACACGUGUUCGCCCUCGUCUCCUUUGCUGCAGAGGAGGACGCGUACCGCCUCCACGUGUACUCUGAGGAAACUGUGCCGCUGUUUGGUCCCUCCCUGCCCUGCCCGCCUGUCUUCUACAACCACGAGGAGUUUAGGGAGUUCCUGCUGGUGAAGUUGAUCAACGGGGAGAAGGCAACGUUCAACACACCAACGUUUUCACAGAAGAGGGAGCGAACGUUGGACAUGCUUAUCAAGGACUUGUUCCAGGAGCACAUCAGUGAUAGCAGAGGGACAAUGUUGAACCGCCGUGCAUUCAGUGAUGUGUUACCAGACCCGCCCCGCUCCUCACGCCGGAAGGAAGAAGCCAGACAGGUGGAGUUCGUCAGGUUCGGUCAGGCGUUGAAGCUGGACACGAUCGUGAAGGGAGAUGCGCCGACGUCCCUGGCGACCACCGGCCUCUUCAAACGCACGUCCACCGAGGGUUCAAAUGGAUCUCCCUCGUCCAACACCGCUCUCCACGCAAGGCCGUGGGAGCCCCAGUGUUACUACCCAGACUUCCCCAGCGAGGUGACCUGUGGGGACUCCUGGGGGGAAAGCCGCCUGGUCCUCGCGUCCGUUGAGGGGGUCUUCCUGGUGGAGGGUGAGGGCGUGGCACACCGGCCUAUCUUCGACAAGAGCGUACAGGUGAAACAGCUUAGUGUGGUGGAAGCUCACGGCAUACUGCUUCUACGAGAACAGCGAGGUCGAGAUGGGAAGAUACAUGUGUUUCGGCUGUCAGAUUUCGAGGGGGAAGAGGAACGGGUGAGGACGAAGAGUGACCUGAAGGAGCACAGGCUGGAGAAGACGAAGGGAUGUCACCUGUAUGCCAUAUCCAGGCCGGGGGGCUCACACCUCAGGAUGGUAGUGGCAACAGGAAAGAAGCUCCUUAUCCUUCAGUGGCGCCACUCAGCUGCCUGGACUGCCUGGUGCCCCGCCUCAGACACCGACACUGUGGAGGGCUUCCUCUUCCUGCGGGAGGUUUCACUGUCAGAGUCUCCCUCCAUCAUCACUCUGGUGGACUCCCCUCUCGUCUCCUCAGCAGGUGGACUGACGGACAACAAGAUAUGCAUUGGUUACAAGCACCAGUGGGAC